AUGUCUGGAUGGUCAUCAGCUAUGCGCAUCUCUGCCCCAUCCGUUCGUGCAUCUUUGCCUGCGGAGACUGAAGUCUUCCGGCCAAAUACCCUCAACCCAUCUCUGAGCAGCUCGGGCUCGGAGCCGUCUGCCAAAGUGAAAGCAAUUUCUGAACAGUCAAAAAACACCAGCUCUUCAGAGGUAUCAGCAAAGGUUGUCCACCUCUCCAAUCAAGCUGCACCGUUUUCAUCUGAAGCCAAGCUCCCGUCUUCACCAAGCAGCGUAUCCUCUUCCCCCAUGCCUAGCAUUCCGCGAAGCAUUUCUCAAGCGAUGGGUCAAUCAAAGAGUGGGCAGGACAGUCCCGUCAUGAACGAAACACUGAGCGUCAUCAAUGAGCAUAUAACUGAUUUGAGCACUCCAAGACACAGCGUUGUGGCGCACGACUCUGCCAGUGAAUAUAGCAGCAAUUUUGACAACCCUGUGUCUCAUGUUGCGGGUCCUGAAACUGAUGAAGAAGAAGAAGCAGAGGAAGAGGGGAUGCUUAGUCCGGCAGAUGUAAAGAAGUGGACCCCACAAGAGACAGCCCACUACCUUCGCCAAAUAGGGAUUGACUCGAAGCAUUGCGACAUUUUCGAGGAGCAAGAAAUAUCUGGUGAUGUACUUCUCGAGAUGGAUCAAGAGUUCAUACACAUGAAAGAAUACAACUUUGGAGUCAUGGGGAGGAGGCUGAAAACAUGGCACAGAAUCCGGCAAUUCCAGGAAGAGGUCAAGGGCACAAAGGCAAGGGGAGUGCAGUCUGCUUCUUACACCUCAGCUGCACCUGGGACUGCUGACGAUCUGGAGAGCCGCAUUGGCUCGUCAGGGACCAAACUUCCACGAAUUCCGAGUCUGAUGGAGAAUUCAGAGACGGUCUCUCGACUAACACAACACACCACAUCUUAUGGAGAUAACCAUAGAGAACAUAUACCAGCCCCUUUGCAAACUCAGUCCCAUUCGGUUUCGAGAAGCCGGACAAAUAUUCCCGCUGGCUCUGCUGCCUCGCCCUGGCGUGCUUCUACCCAGGAAAGUCCCUCUCGCCCCUCGGCCGCAUCUAUAAGGGACAUGAGCCACAAACGCCGGCAUUCAUCCAUGGACGUUGGCACUUCGCCCACGUUUGAAACCAAAGGCCAAACAGGAAGCAUCUCCAGCAAGUUUCCCUCGCACAAGAAGCAACCUUCGGUCGACCGUAACUGGUCGAUGACUAGUACUGUGCCAACAUCGCAUGGCCAUCCGGAUAUGACAAGCCGAUCGAACCCGGACCUCUCAAAGAGCACCGCUGACAAGUCUGACUCGUCCGCACCCAAGCAGCAACCUUCAGCUGAUCUUGAUCGGGGUUACUUUUCAGGGCCCGAAAGUGAUCCUCACAAAGUUCGCAAGUUCCUGAGAAAGCGAGAUGGUACUGCUAGCGCCAGUCACUCUCGGCAGUCGAGUUACGUUGACCAACAAAAGCGUGACCUUGCGGCGAAGAAGAGACAUUCCAGAAUCGGGAGUGCUGAUUCGAUAAGAGACUUUCUUCCCGCUGUGACUUCUCCCGCUGCCCAAGCUUAUCACAGCAAGAGUUUCAAAAACCGAUUUCGAUCAGCAAGUGCUCGAACGGUGACUGGAGCAUCUUCCAGCAGCAUACUGUCUCCAACUGUGACAAAUUUGGAGGGAGGUCAAAGUCCAGGAAUACCGACUCCCUCUCCACGGGCUGGAAGUGACGCGAGCGGUACGUCCUCGCCCCUUCCCCCAACGUCUGGUAAAUCAAGCGUCAAGCAGAAACGCUUCGGCCUACGCGCCAUCUCGGAUGCUGUCACUGGUCAUGAAAGGGCAUUGGUGUCUUCACCGACAUCAAUUCCAUCUUCAUUCAAAGAUAGCCCCCUCCAUUCCCCUUCACGGACCGGGUCCACUACACCUUCAGCAACCUCAAGAAGCCUCGAUAUAGACAAUGUAGACGCUUCCUCAAAAGGCACAGAUGCGCCAGGAAUUACUGGCUCAUCAAGAACACCCGCUCUGGGUAAGUCGAAGACAAAGAAGGACACAAGCGCGUAUACAAAGGGAUUGGAAAAGAAGUCUCCUGCCGAGCAGCGCAUUGAUUGUGAUUAUUCCGGAUGGAUGAAGAAGAAGUCCUCAAGUCUCAUGACGACUUGGAAACCAAGAUUGUUCUUUCUCCGUGGUCGUCGCUUGUCGUAUUAUUACUCGGAAGAUGAUACUCAGGAGCGUGGAGUGAUUGACAUCUCCAGCCACAAAGUGCUCCGAGCUGAUCAAGAUCCCAUCACAAAUUUACACGCCACCAUCACCGGCUCGGCGUCAUCAGCUGCUGACCAAUCACCACCCGCAAAUUCAAGUGAUGCCGGGUCUUCUACUGCUCGAGGCAGGACGGCCUCAGCUGGAGCACCUUUCAUAUUCAAACUCAUUCCUCCUAAGGCUGGCCUGUCACGCGCUGUCCAGUUCACCAAACCAACAAUCCACUAUUUCCAGGUCGAUAGUGUGCACGACGGUCGAAAAUGGAUGGCAGCGUUGAUGAAGGCGACCAUUGAGUACGAUCCAUCUUUCGGCUUGGAGACCACUAACAAACAAAAAACCGUCAGCUUGGCAAAGGCACGUGCAAGGAAAGAACGACCGCCAGCUCUUAAGGGCGAUGAAGCUGCUGAGAAAGUUCCGAUAGGCCCCAAGAGCGACGAGACUGGGCUCAAUAUCCGUGGUCUCAGCUUCGAUGACCUUGGCAAGAAAGUCGUGCGAUCUAAUGGAACUGGUGGUGAGAAGCACAAGAAGAUGAAUAGCACGGAAGCCAAUAGUUCGACAUCCAGAACCAGAGCGGCUUCGGAGGCAACAUCCUACCAGAAUCUCGAUCCUUAA